UCUUGUCUCCCAUUGGCCGACGUUCGUUAACAUUAAAAUCAUGUGUACUGUUCCUAAACAUAAUGGUUUUUCAUUGUCUUUCCACUUCUGUGUUUUGUUUUGAUUAAACAGCACGGCAACUGCGACUUCAAUUUAAUAUUUGCGAGUUGCGACGUUCAGAGACCAGAGUUCAUGUUUUCUGUGGAACUCGCAUAAUAUUAUAUUGUACCUUUGUAUCGGGAUGAAAAAUCAAGAACAAACAACACCCGGAGAUGGUAUCAGAUCUCUAAAAACUUCUAGAGUAUUCCGGAUCAUUAACUUUGAACUUUACUCAAAACCGAAUAAAGUUAUUAUGGCAUUUGGGCUUGUGUCAAUGACAUUUACAGUUGGUUAUUUAGUUUAUAUGAGACACCAAUAUGAACAAAUGGGAUAUUAUCCAGCAGUUGCUGAAGACGGUCGUCAUGAAAUAUACAAACCAAAACAAUCAAAAUGGGAAUAAU